AUGGUGCAUAAGCUCCCCAGCGAUUCUUCGGCCCCAGGCACUAAGCAUCCACAGGAUGACUCGGGCGUAUCUCCUGUGGCUUUAGCUUCCCCUGAGGAUUUGGAGGAACGUCCUGCCCCGCCAGAACGACGGGGUUCGUCGUUCAUGAAGUUUGUUGCUUCUAUUCUGGGCCCUAAGAACCCCAUUUCGCACCCAGCAGAUCCCAAGACCAACAUUGUCUGGGUGCUUGACAAUACAGCAUACCAGGCCGUGCCCGAGGCAGGCGCUGUAGAUCAGCCAUCCGACCAACCAGCACCAUGGCAAGCGGAAUUCGUUGCCUGCAUCCUGGAAAAGGAAGGACGCAAAGAUGCAGGAAAGUUUGUCGCAUCGAUCGCAGAUUACAUUGGACUAGACGGCGAGAGCGGUGCUGCUGAUGAAGAAACCCGCAAGCGCAUCGAAGAUCGAGUUCAGCCUUUCCUUGAUCAUGUCUCGCCAGGGAUGAAUGUUACUGUGGAGCUAGACAUAGACGGCUCAACACAGUCGUAUCCGAUAGGCCCAGCGGAUCGCAACGGUAUCAUCAGUCAAAUUGUUCAGCUUGACGCUUCACAUAUUCAAGAUGGAGCGACUGUGCAGCCUCGAAUCAGCCAGUUCGAAAACAACAUGGCUUGUAUGAAGACGCACUUUGCUGCACCGUCAGGGUGGCUUGUAGUUUCCGAUAUCGACGAUACAAUCAAGCGCACAAUGACCAUGGAGCCAACCGGUAUCCUUCGAACGACCUUUACCGAAGAACCAGUUCCCAUACAUGGCAUGCCGGAAUUCUACCAUCACGUUCAUGCUGAACUAAAUCCAACAUGGUUCUACCUCUCUGCAUCGCCUUAUAACCUGUACCCAUUCUUGCAUAAUUUCCUGCAUCAACAUUAUCCAACUGGCACAUUGAUUUUGCGCGAUCAUUCCUGGAUGGACAUUAGUGGUCUGAUCAAGUCUUUUACUGAGCGGACGCAGGAGUAUAAAACGGAGAGGAUGGAAAAGAUUCGACAUUGGUUUCCGCAGCGGAGGGUGCUUUGUGUGGGGGACUCAACGCAAAAGGACCCCGAGGCGUAUGCGGAGAUGUAUCGGAGGUAUCCGUCUUGGAUUCAUGCGAUAGCUAUUCGGAAGGUUACGAAUGUGGGACAUAUGGAGGACAAGAAUAAGGAUGAGAGGUUCGAAGAGGCAUUUAAGGAUAUACCGAUUGAAAUUUGGACUGUCUAUGAAGAUCCCGUUGAACUUUAUGAUUUUGUGGACCAGCUUGGGAUGGAGGAUCAGGUCUUGUAA